CGUGCCGCCCGCAGUGCGGCUGCUGCCAUUAACCCGCGAUAUACUAUAAUCCGGCCAUUAAUGCCCUUAACUCGAGCUCGAGAUCGGAGGCGACGAGGGGCGUGCGCGCGCGCGCGUGUGUACUACCUCGCCACGUCCUGGUCCGUGUCGCCGUCCGUGCGCUACGUGCCGCCCCACCAUUUAAGGCCGCGCGCCGCUCCCGGUCUCGCUUUCCGGGGCGGGAGGGUCUGUCUCUGUCUGUCGGUCAGAGGCGCGUGCUCGCCGGCGGCGGGAUGCUCACGUGCAUCGCCUGCUCCAGGCAGCUCGGCGGCGGCGGUGUGCCGCCGCUCCACGAGCCGCCGGAGGACGAGGACGUCAUCGAUGCCGGACUGGGCGUGGGGGGCGCUGCCACGCCCAGCACCCGGCAGGCCAUCAAGGCGCUCACGGCGCAGAUCAAGGACAUGGCGCUCAAGGCGUCGGGCGCGUACCGGCACUGCAAGCCCUGCGCCGGCUCCUCCGCGGGGGCCUCGGGGCGGCACCACCCGUACCACCACCGCGGCGGCAGCGGCUUCCGAGGCUCCGACGCUGCCUCGGGUUCCGACCGCUUCCACUACGCGUACCGGCGCGCCGCGGGCGGCGGCUCCAGCGGGGACGCCACGCCGUCCAUGAGCGCGCGCACCGACUUCCCCGUCGGCGACGAGGAGGAGGAAGAGGAGGAGGACGGGAUGUCAUCUGGCGGCGGCGGCGGCGGCGGCAAGGAAGACAACGCCAAGGAGUGGGUGGCGCAGGUUGAGCCCGGCGUCCUCAUCACGUUCGUCUCGCUGCCGCAAGGUGGCAACGACCUCAAACGCAUCCGAUUCAGCCGUGAGAUGUUCAACAAAUGGCAAGCGCAAAGAUGGUGGGCUGAGAACUAUGACAAGGUUAUGGAACUUUACAAUGUGCAGAGGUUUAACCAUCAAAGUGUUCCUCUCCCCACUACUCCAAAGUCUGAAGAUGAGAGCUCAAAGGAGGACAGCCCGGUAACACCACCACUGGACAAGGAGCGAUUACCUCGUUCUUUACAGAGACCACCGACCGGUGGCGGAGUGAUGGGUUACUCUUCUUCUGAUUCUCUUGAGCACCAUCCUAACCACUACUGUAACGACCUCCACCAUCACCAUGGACACCAGUGCUAUGAUUCAGUGGGGCUGGCAUCGACACCAAAGCUGUCAAGUAUAAGUGGGGCCAAGACAGAAACAUCAUCGAUGGAUGCGUCGAUGAGGACGAGUUCAUCUCCAGAAGAGGUCGACAGGUCUGGCGAGCUCUCAGUGUCCAUCAGCAACGCGAGCGACCAAGAGAGGGAAUGGGUUGAGGAAGACCAGCCUGGUGUAUAUAUUACCAUCCGGGCUUUGCCUGGUGGCAUCAGAGAGCUUCGCCGUGUCCGAUUCAGCCGAGAGAAGUUCAGCGAGAUGCAUGCGAGGCUAUGGUGGGAAGAGAACCGGACGAGGAUACAUGAACAGUACCUCUGAGACAGAAGAACUGAAGAAGCACAGAUGAAAACAAAACCUAGAACUUCGCCGUUGACAUGAGCCAGCCGUGGAUCCAUGUUGUACAUUUGCAGUUUGAGUUAACAUUACUCCCUCUCUGGGCAGCAGCAUCGAUCAGUGUAAAGCGUGUGUGAGGUGAAGGCGUCUUCAGAAGGAACUUUCUGAACUAAACUGAUCUGCCAGGCUCUCCCUGAUUAUGUGGCCAUCCACAUGUUGUCCUGGCUUUAGAUUGCGCAGGAACUUUCUGUUGAGUAGCUCAAGAGGUUUUAUUUUUUAGCUCAAAAGGUUUCUACUGUGUAGUCUAGUAGACAUACCAUCUGUCCUGAAGCUGUAGCUUUUGUCAAAACCGACUCCUGAUGAUGGAACUUUUUGUCGAUUUUCAUGGGAACUGCUGUCAGUA